AGUGGACUCUGUGUCACUAUCACUCAACAACUUUCAGACCACUCAAAGGCAUCUAUCUCCCAUCAUGAAGCAGUUUGCAGUGAUUCUCAUCUUGGCCCUUGCCUCAGGCUGUUGGGCCCGGAGCGUUCCAGAGGUCGAAUCAUGGGAGGAGGCCGUGGACAAGUUUAAGGACUAUUUCACAGAACUGAACUCAAAGGCUGAUGAGAUGGUCCAGGAAUUCAGGAAGACCCAGAUCAGCCAGGAGCUGGAUACCCUGAUCGAGGACAGUAUGUCAGAGCUGGCCCUGUACAAACAGGACAUGGAGACCAAACUGGCCCCGUUUGCUGAGGAAGCAGCAAAAAACCUGGGCAAGGACCUACACCAGAUAGGGUCUAAACUCCAAGACCACAUGAAGGAUGCCCGUGAGCAGCUGGAGAAAUACACAGAAGAGCUUCAGACAAUGAUGGAGCAGAACGCGGAGGACGUGAGGGCCAGACUGAACUCCUACACGAGGAAGAUGAAGAAACGACUCAACAAAGAUACACAAGAGAUCAAGAGACACGUUGAGGAGUAUCUCUCUGAGCUGCAUGGUAAAGCCACCGAAAACAUGAAUGAGAUGAGGGAGCGCAUAGACCCGGUCUUCACCCAGGUCCGAGACAAUGCUCAGAGCAAAUUCUCCACCAUCAACGAGCUCCUCCAGUCCCAGAUCCAGACCAUGGGUGAAAACAUCCAGUCCAGAGUGGAGGAUCUGAGAGAAAACUUUCAGAAAACCGGCAACGAUCUGCGCACAGUACUGGAGGAGAAAAUGGAUGAACUGCGCACGUGGUUUGGCCUGUAAUUAAUCUUGACUCACCAAUACAGUACAUCAACAACAUCAGAAAACAGCUGCUCAAAAAAAUGGCUUUUGUAAAUGUGCAAUAAACGUCUUUACCACUGAGUAACAAGUCAUGUGU